AUGUCUAGUGAUCUCGAUUCUGAGGGCUCUCUUAGUCCUGGUUGGAUCUUUAUUAACUCACCAGAUUAUCGAUCUCCAGGCCAUAGCAUUUUAACGUCACCGGGAUUGGCCAUUACAACUCCUUCUCUCAGCAACCGGGAUUUCACUACACAUUCCAUAGUUGCUUCUCCCCAUAAAUGGAUAGAAAGGUCGACGCCUGCCUCACCAGAACCCAUUCCACCAGAGUCCUCCCAAAGAACUGGCCUUGCCGUUACUUUCUAUGGAAAGAUCGAAUUCUUUUGCGAAAACUGCAUUGCCCCACCGGCGCGAUGUACCAGGAACAGCAUCCGUAACAACUUUAUGAGUAACACGACGAAGUUCUCACUGCUGGAGCCCGAGGACGAAGUCGAUGGCUUCAUAACUAGGAGAGGCAGGCGUGAAGUUAAGGUCGAACUGUUGAACACCGUCAGAAGAGAAACUCCAUGUAGUGAGGAUACGUUGAGAAUUGGAAUGGCGAUUACUCUCAACUCAAAUUCUCGAGCCACUGCGUUAGCAAUAGGUUAUGAAGCAUUAGAUGAGGUGCCCUAUGAAUCUGGUUAUCGGUGGUCCAUCUUCGAGCCAUUCCUACGCCGGCACACUUCUUGUCCCUACUGUUUUAUGGUGUUCGUCAAGCAUGAGCUUAUUGGAGCAUGA